UUGUGUAGACUAAUCGGUUGAUUCUGAUUAUCUAGUGGCCUGAAUGUACUGGAUGAAUCUGAUAUGCUUCUGCAAGCAACAGGCAGAGGUUUUGGUGACAAAGAUUUUCGGUCUGGAUUAGAAAAUGGUAUUCUGCUGUGUGAGUUGCUGAAUGCAAUAAAGCCUGGACUGGUAAAAAAGAUCAAUAGACUGCCGACCCCUAUUGCAGGCUUGGACAAUAUCAUCUUAUUCUUAAGAGGCUGCAAGGAGCUGGGUCUUAAAGAAUCUCAACUUUUUGAUCCAGGAGAUCUUCAAGACGCAUCAAAUAGAGUAACAGUCAAGAAUAUUGACUAUAGCAGGAAGCUGAAAAAUGUAUUAGUCACCAUUUAUUGGCUGGGGAAAGCAGCAAACAGUUGCACUUCGUAUAAUGGAGCAGCACUGAACCUGAGGGAAUUUGAAGGAUUGCUGGCACAGAUGAGAAAGGAAACGGAGGAUAUCGAGAGCCCCAAACGCAGCAUUCGUGACAGCGGUUACAUAGACUGCUGGGACUCUGAACGCAGUGAUUCCCUCUCCCCGCCUCGCCACGGCAGAGAUGAUUCUUUUGACAGUCUGGAUUCUUUUGGCUCCCGCUCACAGCAGACACCAUCUCCAGAUGUAGUACUCAGAGGAAGCAGUGAUGGGAGAGGAAGUGACUCUGAAUCUGAUUUGCCACACCGAAAAAUGCCAGAUGUGAAAAAAGAUGAUAUGUCUGCAAGACGGACAUCGUAUGGUGAACCUAAAUCAGCUGUGCCUUUUAACCAGUACCUCCCAAAUAAGAGUAACCAGACUGCCUAUAUACCAGCUCCUCUUCGGAAAAAGAAAGCUGAACGAGAAGAAUACCGGAAAAGCUGGAGUACUGCUACUUCACCCCUAGGAGGAGAGAGGCCUUUCAGCAAAACCCACCCUGAAACAAUAGAAGAACAACAAAAUGAGGCAUCAAGACGAUUUGAAGAGGAGCAAGUGCGUGGCUGCAUGGCUGCCAGGACAAAUCCCAAUAAAACUCAAGUAGAUUUGACUCAAAACAAAGACCACCUUAUAGGUCAGUUUCCUUCAGGUAGUGCCAAAGAAACACAUGAAUUCAAGGGAAAAGAUUCAGAGGAAAUCAGAAAGCUAAGGCGGCUUGAACAAGUUGGCAUUAAAGUCAUGUCAGCAGCUCAGCGCUAUGGCAGUCAAAAACCAACAUGCGAAGAUAGUGAAACUACCCCAGACAUCAUCCUUCGCAAAGAAAACCCCUUCAUGAUACAAGGGAAGGAUUCUGGAUCAGAAGAUGAAAUGGUGUGCAGACUUCCUGACCUAGAAAAAGAUGACUUUGCUGCUCGGAGAGCAAGAAUGAAUCAGCCCAAGCUUACAGUGCCCUUUAAUCAGUUUUUAUAUGGACCCUAUACAAAUAAAGAUAAAGGUAAACUGGAAGAUGUUAAAAAGUCAUCUCAGAAGGAAAAACAGGAAUAUGCAAGAGGAAACCAGAUACAUAUGACACCAGCGAGGCAAAUUGUGACACGUAAAGAGAACCUAUUCCUGCAAUGUAAGGACAAUGAGUCAGAGGAAGAAGAGCAGGUGAAAAUGCCUGAUAUUCAGAGAGAUGACCUGACUAAACAGAAAACUCAAAGUAACCUUUCUCAGCAGCAAGAGUCUCCAGUGUUUAUGAAAGCCUCUAUAACACAAGCUGAUUUGGAGACAUGGGACAGACUGAAAAUGUCAGGAGAGACCAGUAAAGAAGACCUUGUAUGUCCCCCUGAUCCUGAAUCAUCAGCUAAAAUUGCAGCAGAAACAGCUGUUCAUGAUGAUUUUGCUACCCGCAAAGCCACAGCUUACAAAAAGGCUUCUAGCCCUAAGCAGAGGUUUGUGCACUUUGGGCCAGUGACUGAGAUUGAUCAACAGAAAUGGGAGAAGCUCAGCAUUGCUAGAGCUGCAGCCAGUGAUGAAACAGAAGAGGAAACUGGGAGGGAAAGUGCUAGAACUGAGAUUUGCACUGAAUCAUCUCCAUCAGCUACAGUCUGCAACCAGAAGUCCAUUGGACAUACUGCUGAAGUAUCUAGGCCACAAAAUGAUCCCAGUGAGGUAGCAAAGUCAGGUACAGAUGAAUAUUGCAGCGGAACCCCGUCAUCUGUCUCAGCUGCUUGUGUCGUCCCUCAGAAGCAAACUCUAUGCAGAUUGAGUGAAAGGCAUGAAAGCAAUGAGGAAGAGCUUGAUGGGAGUUUGCCAGAAACUGAGAGAGAUGAUAUGAUGGUUAGAAGGAUGGGAGCUUUUCAGAGGCAUUCUAGGCCAAUUCAUAUGCAUAGUCUUCCCACAUCAGUGGGUCAUCACUCGCUGCAGCAGCAAAAGGAGGUAGCUCAUAAGAAAGAUUUGAAGACUCUGCAGAAAGCAGAAAGCAGUUUGCCCUUGAAUUACACAACUGAACAUUGUCAUGGAACACUUUCACCUGUCUCUAUGGGCUGUACUGUAACAAGAGAAGAGAGCCAUGUGAAGCUGAAAUAUCAUGAUCCUAUUAGUGGUGGAACAGAACACAAAGUGAAAUUUCCAGACCCCGAGAAAGAUGACAUGAUGGCCAGAAGAACAGGGGCUUUUCUAAAGCAUACUGGACCGAGUGCUAACCAGUUCCUUCCAGUUCCAUUUUCAAAGCAACAGAAUAGCCAGGGCACAACUAAGGAAACUGUAAAGACUGAAAAGAAAGUGAAGAGAUUCGGCCCCAGAACUGCUGUGUCUGAUGACGCAGAGAGUAUGAGUAUGUUUGACAUGAGGUGUGACGAUGAAGCAGUCAUGCAGCCUCACAGCAAGGCUCGCCACGAGAAACUGCAGAAUGUCCACAACCAACUGAAAGAGGAUGAGACCAGAUGGCAAGAUGAUCUGGCACGGUGGAAAAGUCGCAGAAGAAGUGCUUCACAGGACCUAAUAAAAAAAGAAGCAGAGAGGAAAAAGAUGGAGAAAUUAUUGAGUGGUGAUGGAGCAAGUGAACGAAGGAAAAGUAUCAAGACCUACAGAGAGAUUGUGGAGGAGAAGGAGAGAAGAGAAAAAGAGCUACAUGAAGCGUACAAGAAUGCAAGGUCACAUGAGGAGGCCGAAAAUAUCCUACAGCAGUACAUUGAGAGAUUCACCAUUAGCGAAGCUGUCCUUGAGCAUUUGCAGAUGCCAAAAAUUCUGGAAAGAAGCCAUUCAGUGGAGCCAAAUUCAUCAUCCCCACCUAAAGACCCAAAUCCUCUGAGAUACUUACGACAACAAUCGCUGCCUGCUCCAAAAUACACUGCCACCAUUGAAGCAACCAUUGUUCCCACCGGUGAAUUGGAAGCCAGCAUUUCAACAGGCCACACGUCUCCCAGCAAAACUGUUGUUUCCAAGCCUGUGCCUAUGCUGACACCCAAGCCUUAUUCACAACCCAAAAACACACAGCAGGUUUUAAAAAACUUUAAGGUAGAUGGAAAAGUCAGCAUGAAUGGGGAAACGUACAAUGGAGUGGAAGAAGAGAAGGAAAAAGAAUAUACGACAGUAAUGUUUGCCCCUUCGCCAAGUAAAUCUCUCAAGUGUGAAGGUGUGGCCAGAGAGGACGGGCACCCUGUAGAGUUGAAGCAGGACAUCACUAGCAUUGAGCUCAGUUUACAAAGGCCUAUUCCUCACAGGGCGCACAAAGAAACAACAGCCUCCUUAAUAGAAGAAACUGAACCAGCCAACCAAAAAUGUGAAACUGAUUCUAGAAGGCCAGAAAUCAUGAAUCUAGAGAAUACUUCACCAGGUUCAGACCAUAAUCAAUUCAAGGCAACUGUUACUUGUGCCAGCCCUGCUAUGAUGAGUGUGGAGUUUCCUCCUCCUACCCAGUCCGAGGAUGCUGCUUCAAAAGAUAAAGACCUGAAGAAACCCGAGAGAGAACAGCAGAAAGAAGCAGAAGACCUGGUCACACGGGAGAUGGGGAAGCCAAAGACUCUAAUACAAGAAGGAAGUAUCAUAUUUCCAUUUUUGAAGAAAUUGCCUGAGACUAGCCAAGCUACUUUGCAGAAUUCUGAGCAACAAGCUGAUUCUGCUAAUGGAGACAAAUCAAAUCAUUUCAAUUUCUGGUCCUGGGAUCCAGAAGAGGAGCGAAAACGACAGGAAAGAUGGCAGCAUGAACAGGAACGUUUGCUUCAGGAGCGGUACCAGAAAGAGCAAGACAAGCUGAAAGAAGAAUGGGAAAAAGCUCAGAAAGAAGUUGAAGAGGAGGAGCGUAGAUACUAUGAGGAGGAGCGCAAAAUAAUUGAGGAUACUGUAGUUCCAUUCACCAUUUCUUCAAGCUGUACAGAGCCCCUCUCUACUUCUUCCUCCAUCACCGAAGGAAGUGGAAUAACGAAUGUGACAGAAUUGAGUAAUUAUCAAGAAGAAGACAAACAGAAAGAAGUUACAAGACAGAAGAAGACUCUUUGGGAGCAGGGUGAUGCAUCAUCACUAAAAAACAAGGAGAAUGACUUCUGGCAGGAAAAGAAGAGCAGCAUAAAUAAAGUGCUCGCAGGACAUCCAGAGACCAUUCUUCAGAGAGAAAGUGAGCCGGAUCACCAGGUGUCCAUGGUGGAAUGCAGCUCAUCCUCCAGACUGAAUCUGCCAUUAACUCAUGAUGUGUCAUGGAAUCAGCAGCUGUUAACAAAACAGCCACCACACAUUUCAGAUGAAGUUAAACAGAAAACACCUCUGGAUCAAUGUAUAGGCCAGCAGACUAAUUCCACAGGUGAUAUGAGAUGGACAGGCUGUUUUGAGAAUUUCAGAACCGAGCAGUUAUCACCAUGCUCUCCUACAGCUCAAAGCCAGUCACCCAACAGGUCUGUCAGUGGAAAGAAAUUGUGUUCUUCCUGUGGGCUUCCUCUCGGAAAAGGAGCUGCCAUGAUUAUUGAAACUCUUGGUCUUUAUUUCCACAUUCAGUGCUUCAGGUGUGGCAUUUGUAAGGGACAGCUGGGAGAUGCAGUAAGUGGAACAGAUGUCAGGAUUAGAAAUGGUCUUCUCAACUGCAAUGAUUGUUACAUCAGAUCCAGAACUGCUGGGCAGCCAACAACAUUGUGACAUGAAUUUAAGUCCUAAAAACUUCCUUCAAGAAGAAACUUUCCCAACAUGUCCCAGGGGCUGCCUCCAGACAAUCACUUGUAAGAACUCAUAUCCAUGGACUUCACGGUUCUCAUCUUAUUUCAAAAAGCUCAUAGAAAAGGCUGUAUGCAUAACUUUAAAGCACGAUUAUUUCCCCCUUUAUUAUUGAAUUUACAUAAUAUGUAUGAAGGAGAUACUUGGUCAUUCAGAGCCUAAAUACUAUUUUUUAAAAGUUUUCGUGUUUUCAGAAAUGUUAAUGAUUUAAAAUCUGUUAUUUUGCUCUUUUGAAAGUAAUAAGAAAGUGAAGAUGCAAUAAACCUAUUUUGUUUUAAUAUUUCUAGGAAUUAAACAUGUAAGUUUACAGAACCUUUACAGACAUUCUAGCAUAUGCCAACUUGAGAUGAGAAAUCAUUUUAAGAUAGCAUCUAAUUAGUACAUUUGAAAAACAACAUCACAGCAAGUGACUUUCUGUUAUUAUUGAAACUUUUUUUUUUUUUUACAAAGACACUAGUUUGAUAAUACAUUCUGUAAUUCUGAAACAUUUUGUGUUAUAUUACCUUCAAUGGAGGGGUAGGAGUUAUACAAAUAAAUUAUUGCACCUUUAGUUGUAGGGUUUUUUGUUUGUGUAUUGCAAGUAAUGUUCAUUACAGAAGCUUAGUAUUUUAUCACAUAAAGGUUGGAGACUAUCAUUAAGCUUGGCGACUAUAUAUCAUUAACAAUUGGAGGUUCCCAGUGGUGUAAGAAACUGUACAGAACUUGUACUGAAUAAUAUGGUACUACCCAAUUCCAGAGGUGGGACCUGUGGGCACAAAUGGAUGAAACUGACUUGCUGUAUCAACAAGAACUGGGUUGGUGGUUGAUGUCUUGGCUUCCCUGUUCUAUUGGCUUGUAAUUUUCUCAUUGCCAGUAGAGUUGUCAUAACUUUGUAAAUCUUAUGAGUCUUAUACUCUAAAGAGAUUUCACAUGACAAAAGUAUAUAUACACAUUCAGGCACCUUGGUUUGGGUCCCAUCAAGAAUCAUCUUUAGAAGUUGAACAGUGGCAAAUUAGUGCAGCUUAGUGAAGACCCUGAAUUUGCCUUCCAUGCCCACCCAGCUCUUAUUCAAGUCAGCAGGAAUUGUGAGUGCACAAGGAAUGGAAGACAAGGUUCAGUGUACGCCACUUUGCAAAAAAAAAAAAUGUUUAAGUACAUUUGGAUCUGUAGCACUGUUAAACAUUCUUUUGCUAGUGUAUACCAACGCCUUCCUGAAAAAGUAGUCAGAACUAUGUGUAGGUAUCAGGAAUGUACCCUAAAUUUUAGAAGAAAUAUUACACUUGUAAAAUAUUACAAUGCUGGUUUACUGAAUGCACUACGUGGUUAAUUCAGCAGCCUAAUACAGAAAACAGUUAUUUGAACAUAUCACAUUAUUUUAACAGCUCAUGCUGCAAGUUAAAAUUAAAACCCCCCUAUUUAUUCUGCCUUAAAACAAUGAUAAACUAAAUUAAUAGAGAGUCCUUAUUGUUUGUGAUAGAAUAUAUACACAUCCUUUGUCUUUGGUGUGUUAGUAAAAGGAAGUAAAAUGGUUAUUAGAUAAGCAAUAAUUUUCUUUUGUUAUAUAGCUAGCAGAUAUUUAUUUAAAUGCUAGACAGUUCCUUGCAUGCAAGUUGCGUGCUCGUGCAAAAAUGCUUUGUCAUUGAAAAUCUUUAUAUAAUGUUGUCAUUUUAAGACAUUGUGGCUAUCUAGUAGAAAGUUACACAUGAUUUCAUUAAAAUUGUGCCUUAGAAAAUGCAAAGCUGUUGCACAGUCAGUGGUGACUUAUGGAUGCAAUAAAUCCAAAAAGAUGAAGUCAUUCCCAAGCCCAAAGCUCACAUGACUUCACAUUAGGGUUAUUUUUAAAAAAAAAAUCAAAAAUAAAAAAAAUUUGGAAAUACACAAUAAAGUCCAACAUUUUGAUUAGCCAUUUGCAUGAUUUACUGUCAAAUGUUUUGAUAACCUGUAUGUUUACACUUGGCAUGUCAUAAUAUUUUACUGCAAAUAAUUCAGACUAAGAGUAUUCAGAUGACAGGUUUUUAUAAAGUACUUUGUACAUCUAUUUGACUCCAUCUAUCACAUUAAGGAUAUAUGAAUAUAUAGUAUCUUCUGGGUUUAAUUGUUAAAAUGUGACCUGCAUUUCUGCAUGCUUGUGUGUGUGUGUGUAUUUGAUAUCAGUCAUUUACACUUAUGCACACUUGUGAUUUUAAAUGUAGAUAUGUAAAGCAAUCACAAGAGUGCACAAGUUUUGGUUGUCAUAGAGGUCUCAUCUGCUUCUGAUGAAGUCAGUGGUUUAAACCCUCAGUGAUAUUAGCAGGAGCAUGACUAGAGCCAAAAAAGCAUGUGCAAGUGGAAUUUUUAUGUGCAGUUUCAGAUGCACAAGUGGAUCUCUGAGGCCCAUUGAAAGUUUGGCCCAGUCUGUCUUUCAGUAGUUUCAUAUAUGCAUAUUUUAGUGAACCUAAUUGUAGGUGCAGCAAAUCAAAUCAGCAUUCUCAAACUACAACACAUUUUUCCAUGCUGAACAACUAGUCACCAGCGCAGAUUGAUCCUCAACAUUUUCUAAAUUCUAAUUGCCAAUUGUUUCUAUUUCUAUUUCAUCUGGAGUCUAUUAUGUGACAGGUUCAGUCAGGCUAAAGCUUAGCUUUUGUCCAGUUCAAACAUAGUAAGUAUAUUAUAUUUCUUGUCAUUAUCUUUGCAGUUGCAGGAAAAAAUGCUUUAUUCCAUUGAGCUAUAAUGUAAAUGUGUUUGUUUAAAAAAAUUGAUUUAUUGUUGCUAAGCAAGUACAAUGUAUGUAAUGUUUUAGAUGUUCCAAAAACAUACUUACUUUCUUGUUGCUUCAGAGAACAUGGCUAACUGAUGUAACCAUUUUGUAUCUUUCGCUACUAAACUUCCUGGUGUUUUUCUUUACUCUUGCUAGGUAGUGUUGUAAUGCAGAACAUACCAUAGUAAUGAUAAAUGACAUAAAGGUUGGUAAUCCAAAAAGGGGUCCAUCUUCUAUCUGAGUCCAUUCAGGGACAAGAAUUACUGUUCUGCUUGGGCUAAUGUUGAAUACAAAUUACACUAAUCUUCAGUUACAAUAUUUAUUCUAAAAUGCCUCUGGAAAUUAGGAAAAAUUGCUUAAAAUGCAACAGCUUUUAUAGUAAAUGUAUGUUUAUAAAUAAAACCUUGAAUAAAUUUGG